AUGGAGGCCGGACGCAGAGACGCUGACGCGAUUGAGUCGAUGCCACUGGACGCUGAGCUCGAGGGCUCUGGCCGUGUUACGAGCAGCGCAGACGACAGGGACGACGACAGGUCAGUGGCUGCAGCGUCGCCGUUGAGCAAGAGCCGCAACGCGGUGUUGAGCGCGCCAUUGGGCUCGCGACUGCGUGCGCCGACGACGAUGACGAGAGUGUCGACGCCCGUUCGACGGACGAGCAGUGGCAGUUCGUUGGGGUCGACGCUCAACGCGACAAAGCCGACGGUCGAUCGACGAGGCAUUGCAGCGCGAACGCCAUCUCGUGCGGGAGACUGGAAGAGCCUGUCGAGCGGUGUGGACGAGGGCGCGAGCCAGCGGUCGUCGGUGUUGGACGGCCGUCGCGCGUUGUCGGCGUCGGCAAACCGGACGCGCGUGGUGGACGACAGCUACGGAUUGAUGCGGACGGACAGUAUGGGCAGCAUGAGCAGUCUGGCCAGUAGUGGCGCAAGUGGGUCGUCGAUGUCGAGGUCGCGGAUCAGGCUGCACACUUCUAGUGCAGCGUCGGAGCGCAGGAAGACGCUGCACGGGCUGGUCGAUAGCAGCAAAGAGAAUCGACGCAGCAGUUUCUGCUCGCCGUCGUCGUCGUCGUCGUCGAUGACUUCGUCCACGGCACCAUUGCCGUUCCGAUCUGCAACGUCGUCGCGGGCAGCGUCGCCCAGAAUGGGAGCGACGCCGACGCGUAGAAGUGCGGGGGGCAGCGCGCCACUGGCACGCGCCGAGUCGACGCUGCAGAAGGUGUGGCCAGCUACAGCUCCACCCCUACCGGUUGAUCCAGAAGACUUUACACUGAAUGAGGAGUCAGUGUUGGCGUUGAAGAUGGACCACAAGCUGACGGACCAGGGCGUCGAGGAACUGCUGACGUACGUGUCUUCGGCGUCAACGAGUACUGUACUGACGGCGGCGAAUCUGAAAGCUCGGCAAGACGAGGUCAGACUGAUGACAGCAGGCUUGCGUCGGCUGCGUGUCCACAGUGAAGGGCUGAUGAAGUGCUGCGAGGCGUUUGAGAUGAAGACGCUGGAACAGAACGAGUAUGUAGACGCGUCUGCUGCAGAGGUUCGUCGACUGACGCAGUAUAUCGACUCACAGGCCAGCAAGAACGCAAAGGUAUUGCCCGAAGAGCCCGAGUCCAGCGAUUAUCAUGGUGAAGACUUGCUGUCAAAGUCGUCGCAUGCGACGUCCGACUCAGAGACCGCCUCGACGAUAUCUUCACAAAACAUCUUUUCGAGAUUGUCGAGCGGAGAGACGAAUCGACAGCAUCACGAGCUUCAGCAGGCAAUGCAGGAGGACUCGCCGUUGUCGGCUUAUGUGCGCACUAUUUUGAAGAAGGCCACGGACAAGAUCGAAGAGAAGUGGAAAACGCGGUUUGCCGAGCAGCUCUCGGAGCACGAACAAGCAUUGGCUCAAGAACGCGAGCGAUCGUCAGAGUCGGUGGUCUCUAGCUCGCGUCUGGUAACUGAGACGCUGCAUGGCAAGGAUGAUGAGCUGAAAGCGAUUGAGGAGCUGAAUCUUAAGCUGAACCAGAAGAUCCGGCAGCUGGAGCUGGAUCUGGAUGCUGCUUGCUCCGAACGGGACUUUUUCAAGCAGCAAAUGGACGAUGAUGACGAGGAGCGAUCAGUAAGUGCUCAUAGCUUUUGGGAGAAGACGACGGACUUGGCGAAGCAGAACCGCAAUCUGACCGAGGACUUGUCACAAGCGAACAAGAAGAUUGCUCACCUGACCCAGACGAUCACGAUCAUGAAAACGAGGACGUCAAGUCUGAAAACGGAGAACGGCGAUCGUGUUCGUGCAUCGAAGUCAAUCGUGGCCGAGAAGAAUCUGCUACAAGACAAGUUGGCUGCUAUGGAGGCAAAGUUUGAAGAUGAGAAGAACCGCCGGGAGCAGUUCCAAGUAAAUGUGGAGCAGCUGACUGUGGAGAAUACAGCGCUGUACGCACAAAUGGUGGCUCUCCAGACGACACAUGAAGCCAAGAUGGAGGAGCUGCAAUCGCGCCACGAGAAGCGCAAUGUUUCUCUUGCAGGCGAAAUGAAGCUCUUGCAAGACCAGAACCGGCUGAUGCGCGAGACGGAGCCUCGAAGCUACAACAAGUCGUCUAGCAGCAGUGUGGUUGUCGAAGGGUCGAGCUGUGAUCGUUCUAUGCCCCAGACGAAUGACAAAGCAUUGACUCAGCGCAUUCGGGACCUGACGGACAGGUUGUUGGAGGCACAACAAAGCCUCGUAGAGAAGUCAAACACGAUUGCGGAAAUGGAGGUGACGAUUGUUGAGGGUGACGCAAUGCGUCGCAAGCUGCAUAACACCAUUCAGGAGUUGCGUGGCAAUAUUCGCGUGCACGUCAGACUGCGGCCAUUCCUGCGGUCGGAUGGCGGGGAAGCAUCGGCCGAGAAUCCGCAGUCGGCUAUCAUAUGCGAUACGUUUGCUUCCACGAUCACGACGAAUGUCGAGAACCCUCACACGUUUGCGUUUGACAAGAUCUACGGUCCGUCAGACUCGCAGGAAUCUCUGUUUCAGGACGUGUCGGGCUUUAUCCAGUCCGCUAUGGAUGGCUACAACGUGUGCAUUUUCGCGUACGGGCAAACGGGGUCUGGAAAGACGCAUACGAUGCAAGGAAGUGGGAAGGCGCAGAUGCGCGGCAUUAUUCCGCGAUCGAUUGAUUUGAUCAUCAAGUCGUGCGAAGAGCUGACGUCAACGGGAUGGCAUUUCUCGCUCAUGGUGACGUUUUACGAGAUUUACAAUGAGACCAUCCGCGACUUGCUCACGUUGGACAGUGGCAAGGAUACGAAGCACAGCAUUCGCACGGAUAGCCGAGGGAAGAACUACGUGGAAGGGCUGACCGAGGUCAUCAUUGAUGUCAACCAGGCCGCUGAGCAGGUGGAUGAAAUUGUGAACUUGGCUGCGUGCAACCGUUCCGUCGACCGCACCGACAUGAACGCGCACUCGUCUCGGAGCCACAGUAUCUUUGCGCUGACGAUUCGCGGGUACAACGAAGUGCAGAAGACAGAGGUCGAAGGAAACCUGAGCUUGGUCGAUCUCGCUGGAAGUGAGCGGCUGAGCCGGUCGAACGUCACGGGCACUCGGUUGAAAGAGGCACAGGCGAUCAACAAGAGUCUCAGUGCUUUGGCCGACGUGUUCCAAGCCCUUGCAAAGAAGUCGCCCCACGUCCCGUACCGCAACAGCAAACUCACGUACGCUCUGCAGCCUGCGCUCUCGGGCGAUGGCAAGACGCUGAUGAUGGCCAACUUGUCGCCUACGUACGCGUCCCUGGACGAGUCGUUGUGCAGCAUGCGCUUUGCACAUAAAGUGAGCCAGUGCGAGCUGGGUGCUCCUGUGCGUCAGGUCAAAUCCACGAGGCGUCAGUCAUUGGGACCUGGGGAUAUAAGUCGUGGCAACCGAAGAAGUUCGCCGCCGGGUGAAUCUCGACGAAGUACGCUCACACCGGGUGCACUGAAGAGACUGCUGUAA